AAUAAAAUCAACCGCAGCAAGCAUCGUAUGGCCCACACUGCCGGCUCAAGGAGCUUUGCUCAAGUGCGUGAAGAAGAGCGGGCAAAGAAUCUUGGUGGAGAGUCUCCUGAUCGGGCAACGUUGUUCAUAACGACCCAUCGGAAGAAAGAUGGGAGUGUUGUGAACGAAGAGUCGGCUCAUGUUAUUGAAAUGAUUGAGGAGUUACGGGCAACUCAGACUGCUGAGUCCUCUCAGAGUAGCACUACCCGAGACGAUCUCUUAUCCCAGAUAUUGGGACCAGAGCAUCUGGGUCGGGUCCGCAUGAUGGGGUUAGGUCCCACAGCUUCCACGUUAUGGGGCACAAGAAAUACCAUUGCAGAACUCAGGAGGGAGACUGAUGAGUUGCGACGACACAUGAAUGAGCGGGUAGAGCAACUAGUGGAGGAGCGGAUGAAAGAACAGAUGGCUAAGCAUCUAGAGCAAAUGGAGCAACGGAUGACAGAGCGAAUAACGGAGCAGAUGGAGCAACGGAUGACAGAGCGAAUAACAGAGCCGAUGAUGGCACGAAUGAGAGAUAAUAUGAACUCAUUGGUUGCAACAGACCAAACUUCGGGCAAUGUACUAAAUGUAGAGGCUGACUCAGUAUCCACUCCUAGGGAUAGACCUGAGGCUGAGGGACCUCAGUCGAAGGUUCCGAAGAAUCAAUAGGUAUCGUAUUUUAUGUGUAUUUAUGUGUUUGACAUGCAAAAGAAUCCAAGGGCUGUCUUAAAAUGAGGGUUGCAGAUUGGAAAAAGGUGGGCCAUA